CCAGUUCUUCUACGCAGUUCGGACUUCGGGUUGCACCAGUGCUCAAAAUUUGUUGCUGGUUUCUUCAAUAAUUUCAGUUCUCAUUCUGGAAUUAAGGGUUUUCUUCUGUGCUUGAUAGCUUUAUUUUUGCUGGUUUUGAAAGAUAUUCGGACAUGGAACAGAGAUUAGCUAAUUCAUGGAGGUUGGCCGCGAAUAACAAGCAAUUCAUCAAAACCGCCUUGGUUUCCGACCUCAGAGUCGACGGCCGGCGCCCUUUUGACUAUAGACGACUCACUAUUAAGUUUGGCCGAGAAGAAGGCACAUCAGAGGUGCAACUAGGGCACACUCAUGUGAUGGGAGUUGUUACUUCCCAAUUAGUGCAGCCUUAUCGUGAUAGGCCAAAUGAGGGAAGCCUUGCAAUCUUUGUUGAGUUUUCUCCGAUGGCUGAUCCUUCAUUUGAGGCAGGCCGUCCUGGAGAGUCUUCUGUGGAGUUGGGACGCAUAAUUGAUCGUGGGCUGAGGGAGAGCAGAGCUAUAGACACAGAAUCUCUUUGUGUUGUCUCCGGGAAAUGGGUUUGGUCGAUUCGAGUUGAUCUCCACAUUCUAGACAAUGGAGGGAAUAUUGUUGAUGCUGCCAAUGUUGCUGCCUUAGCUGCUCUUUCAACAUUUCGUAGACCCGAAUGCACAUUGGGAGGAGAAGAUGGCCCAGAAGUGAUAUUGCAUCCACCUGAGGUCAGGGAGCCACUGCCCUUGAUUAUACACCACAUGCCUAUCGCGAUCACCUUUGCAUUUAUUGGAAAAGAGAACAUUGUGGUGAUAGACCCAACCCACUUCGAAGAGGCUGUCAUGGGAUCUAGAAUGACUGUCACCUUAAAUGCAAAUGGUGAUGUUUGUGCAAUUCAAAAGCCUGGAGGAGAUGGCAUCAUGCAGAGUGUCAUACUGCAAUGCCUGCGCAUUGCCUCAGUUAAGGCUGCAGACAUUUCGGACAAGAUAAAGAUUGCGGUAUGUGAUAAUAAGACGGCGUUUGGUGCAUUUUCUUUUGAAAAGUGAUUGUUUUGAACCUAAAAGCGUCAUAGAUGUGCUUCUCGGCUUCUGCUUCUUCGUCUCUGAAAAAGCCGAAUUCAAACAUUCCAUACUGCUUCCAUCCAAAGCAAAUGCCGAGAAUAAUUUUUUAAAGAGUAAAGGCCAUGAAUGGUCCUUCAUUCCAAGUGAUUUUCCAUGUUAAGUCCCAAAUUCUAAGAUAUUACAUAAAUGGUCCUCAAUGUUUGAAAACUAUUCCAUAAAUAGGCCUUUACGCCAAACAUGACAAAAUAUUUUUCCGCAAAUAGUCCCCAAAGGACGGAAAGAGCUCUUAGCAAGAUAAAGAGGCACAAACCGGCGGCUUCGGGGCUUCGUGCUCAUGGGGAAAGCAAUGGCUUGGCUGAAGCAAACACAAAGGGUAGAAAUGUGAAAGCAGAAGAGUACAGUGUGAGUGAAGGUAAUGAGAUGGACAUUGAAGUGCCCCAAUGAUUUCAAUUUUGGAUCCAUAUUUAACAUAUUUUUUUAGUUUUGAUAUACAUUGAAUCCCAUUUGAAACAAUGUCACCUCUUGUACUAAUUUGCCACUUUUUUUUUUUAUUAAUGAAAAUUUAAGAUGAGG